GAAGGGGUCUGGCGGACAGUUAAUUUAUAGAAGUGAGUUUGAUUUUUUUGUCAUGUUUAAGGAGCUUCAAAAACCACUUCAGGAAAUAUUAAUUUGCAAAACUUCUGACAAAGAAGAGUGGCUCCUGCUUUUUAAUGCUUCUGUUUAAUGGCCCGAACUCGCUAACCGAGUCGUAAAAAAUGGUUUCAGCCAAUGGCCACUCCAGAGUUAGAAAAGUACAGGCUGAACAGGGCUGGUUUUCCCACUACGUGCACAACACACACAAGAUACCUGGACAAAUUCUCUAACAUUUAAGUAAUAGCAACGGGGGUGGGGGCACGAGAUAGAUACUACACCCACUCACCCACCCCAGCAAACACUGGACAGCCUGUGCUCUUCCCCCACCCCCAAUUCCUUGGGCAAGACGUUUCCUGUAGAGCCAACUCCAAGGGACGCCUUCCAGUUUUUUCCAGGGGGGAGCAGUCCACCCACUGGCCCACAGAAAGAAAGGAGAGAGAAUCAUGCUCCUGAGAUCUUUAUUUUUCUUUCUUUCUUUUUAAUAAAAAGCCAAAAUAUAUACAUAAAAGGAAUAGCUAUAAAGCACCUCGGGAAAUCAGUGAACUUUCCAUAUUGUUUUCGUCACUUUUUUACACAAAAGGGGGGGGGUAUGAUAUGACACCCUCCCUAGACACUCACAUAACUAGGAUAGUUAAGAAAGAUUGUGGGGGGGGGAGGUCCCUUAGCGUUAUGGAACCCCUUAAAAGGCCACCUAAACCCACAUACAUCCCCCCCCCCCAACACAAACAUUGAUCUAGGUUAGCGUUUCCCACCUAUUACCUGUUGAAGUAACCUAAAUUGACCUCGCUGGCGCAUGUAUUUGCUCAGAUAAGUGAAGAGGCUCCGUUGCAUAGGGGAAGGGGGGGUUGAUGAGAAGAGCACCUAAGGGUAUUACUGCGCACCUUUCAUAACCCCGUUCCAGUCACUCGAUAUGAGGGUGUGCGCGUUUCCCCCCUCUUGCCUCCUUCUGCAGGGCUGCUUCUCUCACCUCGCCGUCACCCCCGCUCGAAACCCCCCGAUUUCCCUGUCAUUUUCUCCCUGAGCCUGUCUUGCCGGGCUGGAUUGAUGAAUCCAGAUCGCGUGUGUGUGCGAGAGAGAGUGCCUCACCGCCGGGAUUUUGAGGAAUUUGCCUGUGGUGUUAAAGGGAAGGGAGCAAGUAAGAGAAACUGAGAGAGAGCUCUACCUAUCGACGGAUAUAAGAGAAGUCAAGAGCAUUAGGCAUAAGCAGCCAUAUCUACUCAGGCAGUAUGAAACGUCUUUGAGAGAGCGCGUUACAAAAAAAAAAAAAAAAACCAACAACCCACAACCAGCCACUAACCAGGACUUUUCCAGAGUCCAGGGAGAGGGGAGAGGCGAGAGUCCUUAGCACUGAUCUCUUAAAGCAUUAAAAGACUUUUUUGGGGGGUUGUUUUUCCUUGCGAAAACCAGGGGUUGGCUCCUCUCCUCCUUUCAUGCGAAAGCCAUGAGUUCCUACUUUGUCAAUCCGCUCUUCUCCAAGUACAAAGGCGGCGAGUCCCUGGAACCAACUUACUACGACUGCAGAUUUCCACAAAGUGUUAGCAGGAGCCAUGCUCUCGUGUACGGUCCGGGCACCACGGCUCCCGGCUUCCAGCACCCGUCACACCACGUCCAGGAGUUCUUCCACCACGGAACCUCCAGCAUUUCCAACUCGGGAUACCAGCAGAAUCCUUGCGCCCUGGCGUGCCACGGAGACGCGUCUAAAUUCUAUGGAUACGAAGCCCUGCCUAGGCAAUCGCUUUAUGGUGCCCAGCAAGAGGCGGCCGUGGUACAAUAUCCUGACUGUAAAUCCUCUUCCAACAGUAACUCUAGCGAGGGACAAGGGCAUUUAAAUCAAAAUUCUUCGCCCAGCCUCAUGUUCCCAUGGAUGAGACCUCACGCUCCCGGAAGGCGCAGUGGCAGGCAGACUUACAGCCGGUACCAAACCCUGGAGCUAGAGAAAGAGUUUCUCUUCAACCCCUAUUUGACACGGAAGCGACGCAUUGAGGUCUCUCAUGCUCUGGGACUGACCGAGAGGCAGGUCAAGAUUUGGUUCCAGAACAGGAGGAUGAAAUGGAAGAAAGAAAACAACAAGGAUAAACUCCCCGGGGCCAGGGAAGAGGAGAAAACCGAGGAGGAAGGCAACGAGGAAGAAGAGAAAGAAGAAGAGGAGAAAGAAGAAAGCAAGGACUGAUGUCUCCCAGCUCCUUGAAGUCCUCGUUUUAUGGCAGAUGAUAAAUCGAGAUGUUUACGACGGUCAUUCGCUUUUAUAGAGUAUAGAAUGGAGAGACUCACACACAACAGUAACUACCUGUCAAACAGUUGUAGACCCCCUUUUUUAUUGUCAUCGAACUUCCCCUAGUUUUUUCUCCCGUUCUCCUAUAGCAGCAAUUUCCCCCCUCUUGGGCUUUCUUUGACAUAAAUCUAGAGCUGGUUUGACUGCGACCCAGUCCGGAACCAGCAGUACCUAUUUGCAAAGAACUGGACCUUCCUAUCCUCACCACCAGCAACGACCCAACCCCACCCCACCCCUUCCCGCUCCUUGCUUUAUUCUGACUCUGAACCACAAACACUCUUAUGUGUUUGUUUGGAAGUAAGAAUGAUUCCUGUUUCCUCUCUGCCCUUGUUUGCUCCCCAAGUUUAAUCAUAUAAUGGGGGCCUGGGAGGAGGUUCAGGAGUGAUGCUUUAUGCUUAGUCUUUUUUAAAAAACUGUCUACCUAUGUAUUCUUCCAUGUUAAGGUCCUUUUAUGAUUUUUGCUUUUAGUUCUCAGUCUGUACCUACUGAAGGACAAUUGGGAUGGGGGUGGGUGGGUAGGUGGAGGCUUGACGUGUGCCUGAAGACAGAUCCACAUGCUUACCAGUUACCUAUGAACAUAUCUGUACAUACAGUCUACCUAUAUAUGCCCUGUUCUUUGGCAGGCAAAGGUUGCGACCCUAUGCAUCUUACCUUAGAAGAUAAAUCCCACCCCAAAUCAAGGGGGACUUACUUCUGAGUAAACAUGCAUUGGAGAGCUGUGAAGAACGUGGAACCAUGGAGUGAUUUAUAUGGGCGUUGUUUACUAUAGGACUUGUGUGAGUGCUCGAAAUUCUUAACAUACUACCUAAUGGGAAUCCUGCAAUAAUAUUCUGUUAGAAACAAGGUGGGGGCUUACACACUUGGGGGGGAAAUAAAGAAACAAACAAACUCGGUGGAAAUCAUUUUUGAAAAAGGAGAGUAGAGUAAUGCCCCAAUGCAAGCUACUAAGUAGCAGAAAUUAAUAAGAAUAAGUAAUAAAAAUACAAAAAAAAAUACCCACACCCUACAUUGUAAUGUAUCUUAUCACUACCUAUAGAAGGAGUCAUGCUUUGAAAGUAUUUGUAAUGCAGUUUUGUUGUCGUAUGUUGCUGCUUAAUUUUUUUUUUCUUGGAAAAAGGUAAAUUUAAUUCCCAACAACUGAAACUGCCUAGAUAAGAACGCACAGUAUUGUAUUAUUUUAUUGUGCUUAUAAUGUAGUUUAGGACUUAAAUUGCACUGAAUGUAUAGUUAUCUAUUUGUCUUGACUUAUCUGUUGAUGCAACAUGCUCGAAUUACAAAAAAAAGUCAUUUGUUUUAUGUAAACCAUAGUUCUCUGCGUGUUCAAAACUCUGAAUGUAGCAAUUUCUGCCAGAAAGCCAAUUCUGGCAACCGUGGAUUUGUAUUGUAUACGUGAGACAUUACGUAAAUAAACAAUUAAAAAAGGCAAAA